GUAGCAGCGGCCGUGCUCGGCGUCGACGCGGCGGAAGCGCGCGCAGCACGGGAACGCGGCGCCGUUGAACUCGCACUCGCUCAGCAGCUCCGGGCAGCUCGUGUAGAUCUAUUUAAAAUGUCAUCGAAUGCUGAAGAUGAUAAGAAAACCAUUCCUGAUAUUAUUAUCGACAAAACCAGGAACUGCAGCUAUCAAAGAUUAAGGUUCUUUGGAAAAGGAGGUUUUGCAAAAUGCUACGAGAUCCAGCACACUGGUACCAAAGAAGUAUUUGCAGGCAAGAUAGUGCCCAAAACCAUGAUGGUAAAAUCAAGUCACAAAGAGAAAAUGGCUCAGGAGAUCUCCAUCCACCGCUCACUGUGCCACAAGCAUGUUGUAGGCUUCCACAGCUUUUUUGAAGAUGUUUCUAACAUUUACAUAGUACUAGAGCUGUGUAAAAGACGGUCUAUGAUGGAGCUCCACAAGCGGCGAAAAGCGAUCACAGAGCCAGAGACUCGGUUCUUCAUGCACCAGAUCCUGGAGGGCGUGCGGUACCUGCACAGCCACCGCAUCAUCCACCGAGACCUCAAGCUCGGGAACCUGUUCCUCAAUGACGAACUCCACGUCAAGAUCGGCGACUUCGGACUCGCCUCUAGAAUUGAAUUUGAUGGAGAGAGAAAGCAGACUGUUUGUGGAACACCUAAUUAUAUUGCACCAGAGAUUUUGACCAGGAAAGGUCACUCUCUCGAAGUGGACAUUUGGAGCUUGGGGUGCAUCAUGUACACGCUGCUCGUCGGGAAACCACCCUUCGAGACCUCCUCGCUGAAGGACACCUACAAGAGAAUAAAAGAAUGUGAAUACAGCGAGAGCAUAUAUCGCGCCGUGGUCGCGUGCGGCGCGGGAGGCUGGCGCGCCGCGCGCGCGCGCCUGGCGCGGGCGCUGGUCGAGGACAAUACGCUCAACCAUCGCCUCAGAAUCCCGUCGUCGCUGCGCAAGCCGGCCGUGGAGAUGAUCGUGAUGCAGCUGCAGGAGGACCCGCUGCAGCGGCCGUCCGUGGACAAGCUGCUGCAGCACCAGUUCUUCACGUCGGGCAUCAUGCCGGCCGCGCUGCCGCUCUCCUGCCUCACCACCGCGCCGCGCACCGACCAGCUCGAGAAGCUCGCGCUCCAGCGCCGGCCGCUGCAUGAAAUCAAUUCUAAUGACGAUGGACGUCGCGAUGAAAAGAUCACAGUGCCCACUGGGCUAGCGGAGUCCCAGUCUAACCGACAGCACCUGUUGUCUCUACAAGAACAGCUCGUCAAACUGCUCUGUAGUAAGCUGAAAAACCGGCGGCACAUGCUGACGGACGAGCUGAGCGACCCGGCGGCGCAGCCGCUCGUGUGGGUCAGCAAGUGGGUGGACUACAGCGACAAGUACGGCUUCGGCUACCAGCUGUGCGACGAGUCCGUCGGCGUCAUGUUCAACGACACCAGCAAGAUCGUCAUGCUCGCCAACGGAGUGACUGUACACUUCAUCACUCGCGAAGGUCAAGAAGUUUAUUUAACUAUGAAUGAUUACCCACCGGAACUCGCCAAGAAAAUGAAACUGCUCUGUUACUUCAGGAGAUACAUGAGUGACUACCUCAUGAAAGCAGGCCCGUCGGCGGUGGUGCGCGAGAGCGACGGGCUGUCGCGAGUGCCGCACCUGCACCAGUGGUACCGCUCCACGCUGGCCGUCAUCAUGUACCUCACCAACGGCACGCUGCAGAUAAACUUCCAAGACCAUACCAAGAUCAUAUUGUGCCCGCUGAUGCAAGCCGUGACGUAUAUAGACGUAGAGAAGAACUUCAGAACGUUCCGCUUCAGCACGAUCGAGAAGUACGGGUGCGACCCGAAGCUGUUCAGCAACCUCGCGUACGCUCUCGACAAACUGAACUCGGUGCUGGGCUUGCCCGUGAGCCCCGUGAUGUCGCUCAGCUAGGCGCGCGCGCGGUGCGGUGCGGCGCGGCGCGGCGCGCAAGCGCAGCGCGCACGUUCCCGACCGUGUCUGACGAGCGGCGUUCUGCUUGGGAACCAGACCCACGUCCGCAACAUGAUUUCUUUAUCAUGGCUUUCGAAGAAUUCCUUUAUUAUAUUGAUAUUGAUUUUCUAAACACGAAAUAUUUUCACAUAAAAUCAAUUUCAUGUUGA